UACCCGAGCGAAUCUAACUGUAACACACAGCCGACUGUCAAGAGUAGGAAGUACAUCUUUUUCACUGAUCUCAGCCCUGUUUUCCUCAUGAUAUUGCAAAUUAAGCACCUCGUUUCAGUUGUCAUGCUGUAGAAGGUAAGCACCAAUGGCUGAACACCACUUGUGAUAGUUGUCGCUUUCGAAACGGUCGGAUUAAUGCUGCAGCUAACUAGCUAGCAUAUCAAAGGCAUGCACUCCAAAGUCAAUGAAAAAAGAGGGAACCGUAGACUCAGACCACACUAAUGCUGAUGAUCAGCCCAAGAAUGGCGUCUGGAAUGCAAGAGAAACAGUACACACCAUCUUUGCUCAGUUUUUUCAUCUAUAACCCUAAGUUUGGACCACGUGAGGGGGAGGAGGAAAAGAAAAUAUUGUUUUACCACCCCAUCGAAAUAGAGAAGAACGAAAAGAUUCGCAAUGUUGGACUCUGUGAGGCCAUCGUUCAGUUCACCAGAACCUUCUGUCCAACCAAACCAGCCAAAUCCCUUCACACUCAGAAGAACAGACAGUUUUUCCAUGAGCCGGAGGAAAAUUACUGGAUGGUCAUGGUUGUACGAAAUCCAAUGGUUGAAAAACCCAACAAAGAUGGUAAACCACCCACUGUAGAGUACCAAGAGGAAGAGAUUAUUGAUUCAGUUUAUGGGUCUGUAUUACAACAGUGCUACAGCAUGUAUAAGCUCUUCAAUGGCACAUUCAGCAGGGCAUUUGAGGCUGGUGGAGUGGAACUGCUUACCCAAAAGCUUGAAAAGUUCUUUUACAGGUACCUGCAGACGCUUCAUCUCCAGUCAUGUGACCUGCUGGAUGUGUUUGGAGGAAUCAGCUUUUUCCCUCUGGACAAGAUGACCUACCUAAAAAUCCAAUCUUUUGUCAAUAGAAUAGAAGAGAGCCUGAGUCUGGUCAAAUACACUGCCUUCCUCUACAAUGAUCAGCUGAUCUGGAGUGGUCUAGAGCAGGACGACAUGCGCAUUCUGUACAAGUACCUGACGACCUCACUGUUCCCACGGCACACUGAACCUGAGCUUGCAGGAAGAGACUCUCCACUCAGGCCAGAGGUGGCUGGGAAUCUGUUGCACUAUGGGAGGUUUUUAACAGGACCAGGAAAUCUCAAAGAUCCAGAUGCAAAAUUCAGAUUUCCUAGGAUAUUUGUAAACACGGAGGACAGUUAUGAGGAGCUACAUUUGAUUGUCUACAAGGCAAUGAGUGCAGCUGUAUGCUUCAUGGUAAAUGCGGCAGUGGAUUUGAGUCGUGAGUUUUGUGAGCAGCUAGACAGCCUGGUUGGUCCUCAACUCACCCUGCUGGCGUCUGACAUAUGUGAGCAGUACAACAUCAACCGGAGGAUAUCAGGGCCAGAGAAGGAACCUCAGUUUAAAUUCAUCUACUUCAACCACAUGAAUUUGGCUGAGAAAAGCACCAUCCACAUGCGCAAGACGGCCAGUGUGUCCCUCACCUCUGUCCAUCCGGACCUCAUGAAAAUCCUCGGAGACAUCAACUGCGAUUUUGCACGGGUGGAUGAGGACGAGGAAAUCAUUGUUAAAGCGAUGACCGAUUACUGGGUUGUUGGAAAGAAGUCUGAUCAGAGGGAGUUGUACGUCAUUUUAAACCAGAAGAAUGCCAACCUCAUUGAAGUGAAUGAGGAAGUGAAAAGGCUGUGUGCAACACAAUUCAAUAAUAUUUUUUUCUUGGACUGAAGAGAUAUGAUGGGCAUGGACUACUUCACUACACUAAAACUGUCAACUGUUCAGGUUUUACUGACAGCAUCAGUGUAAUGCAAUAAUUGCAUUGUAAAAAUGAUUUUUCACAUCAUGCAAUUUUUUAGAUUUUUAUUUAAUCUAUACAAAAAUGUGGUUGCUUCCUUGUAAUUAAUUAUAAAAUCUGAAUUUUACUGUAAUUACCUCUUUUCAUUUGUUUGUAUGUACAUAUUGUCAUGUUUAAGCAUCCAUUAGCUAUCCUCUCUUUUGUGUUUCAUUCCCAUUGUUCAGAUUUGUUUUAUCACUUACAGAUACUAUUAGGUUGAAAUUCAGGAUAUGAAUCUGUCAAGCUGUUUUUUUUUUUCUCUUAUUUUAAAUGUCAUCAUGUCAUCAGUAUCAAGGUUUAACAUCCAUUACUUAAAAAUAAAUUUACAGUUUCAUUAAA